GCUUGUUUUCUACCCUUAUAUAACUGUUAAUUUGUUGAUUAAAAUUCGAUUGCUGUUUAGAGGCAAAUGCAUGAUUUUUUGUUCUCCAUCGGUAAAACUUCCAUUGUUGUGAUACAAUCAUGGAUGCGUUUGGUUGGAUUUUCAAUGCUUUAUUCAUAGGAUCUCCUACUUUGGUGCAUUCUAGACCAUUCUAGCUCAUAUUAUGGACAAAAUACAACUAACAGUUGUCAUAGUCCUGCACUUGGAUCCAAAUGCUUUUGGAUUGACUUUGCUCUACUUAAUGCAUUCAUCCAUUCCAUUUAGGUGGUUUUUUACUCCAACAAUCUUUGUCAGUAACUUGUCUAUUAUGUGAUGAGAUGGUUAAAUUUUUAAGUUUGGUUUUUCUUCUUAAUUCCUAUGAAUUUCUUCAUCCACGGGCCACAGGAGACAUAGUUUUGCAGAUGCCGUGCUAUGUAUUGAUGUUUGAUGGCUUAAUAACUACUAUGCAUCUCUAGCUGAUUGCCUAAUCAUUAUUAGAAGGUAUGGUGUUUAUGGAUGUUGUCUUUAUGUUAAUGAUCAUUGUUUCCUCAUUUAUUCAGAAUUAAGUCAGCUCAGUAUUUCCCCACUAACUCUGAAUCCCAAUUCUAGUAACAAAUUGCACUGAAGAGGCCAUUCUUGCAACAGUUCUUGUUCCGGCCUCUUAACUUGUGAAAUUGUGCACUGUAUAGUUGAAUAUCUCAUCUACGACGCACUUGUCUAUUAGAUGAAGAGCAUUCACCAUUAAGGCAAUUAAUAUAGUCUUUGAAUGGUGGCAAUUUUUUGUCUCAAACUUUUUGGAGCAAAAAUCUCUCUUGGCAAUAACCUCUCUGAAAGUGGUGUUAAUUUCUAUUUUAGUAGAUUUAACUUUAGUUAGGAAAUUUAUUUCUGCCCAGUUCAAGUAACCUUGGACUGGGCUUGUAUUCACCGAAUCCUUUUUGUGCAGAUUAUAAGACUUGCCAAGAGUCGCAUGAAUAAUUAUUUUAGAGGAUCUGUUUUUGGAAGGUACAGUAUUGAAUAUUUAUGUCAGGCUAUCAAAGUGCUGCUUUUUUUUGGAGCCAAGUUAUGGUAAUGGAAGCAUUGUGGUGAGCAUAUAACUUGGCUGUACUCAGAUCAGUGGAUCAGGAGUGAUGUAGGACAGAUACACCUCCAUAAGUUCCUCAUGGUUCUGGUUUUAUAAUAUGAUAUAUGCAUACAUCCAUGCGAUCUUGAUUUAGCGUCUUUAGUGUUAGGAGCAAGUAAAAUAUUGAAAGGCCAUAUCAUUGCAUUUGCAUACUGUUAAGAGUUUCUAUUGUUUCCUUGGUGUGCUUUCUAACUUGAAUGUCAUCGCAAGUCUUAGGCUGUGUGUAGUUUUCAUCAUGCCUGACUGAGGAAUGAGAAGUUACAAUACUAUUACUAGCUGACAGUGUCCUGGCUUUCAGCUUGUGUGUAAAGUUGCUUUUGUUUCUCUGGCAUAUGGAGUGGAUGGAGCGAAUACCUGAUGCUCUUACAUGCAUUGCAAUUAGAUUGCUAUUGCCAAAUGUCAUUCUUAACUUUAUUUUCCACAUGAUGCCACCUCAUGGAUAGGAGAUUUGUUUUGCACUUUCACUAAGGUUCAGACUGAGGUAUUUUUCCACGUUUGCCUUUUCUCUUACCUGACAUGCAAAUUUACUCAACAACCGUGCUGGUUUUUAGCAUGAGGUUGUUCACUAGAAUAAUCUCAGGUAGUUGGAAUAACACUCUUCUGUUUUUGCUUGAAGAUGCUGAUUACUAUGUUGGAGCUUCAAUUUUAGCUAUAUAUUGUAUUUGCUCAAUUCCAUUAUAAUUUAACCUAUGGCAUGGGACUGCUAUUUUAUCUUUAUUUCAGCCUUAGAAGCAGGACUGCAGUUUUAUCUGAGCAGCUGGCGGAUAAGGGAUCAUUUCCAUAUGCUGAGAAACCUUUUGUGGGCGACCUCAAAGCAUGAUGUGUACCUGAUGCAAAACUAUUCCGUGAUGCACUGGUCCUCCCUUCUUAGGAGGGGUAAAGAAGUACUCAAUGUUGCGAAACCAAUAACACCAACCCUGAAAUAUCCGGGAUGUUCAGCACAGCCUCUUUCAAGGGUUCAGAUAAGUACUAUGACGGUGAAAGACAAUCUAAUGGUGGCUGGUGGUUUUCAAGGAGAGCUUAUCUGUAAGUAUAUAGACCAACCUGGGGUUGCGUUCUGCACGAAAAUAAGUACAGAUGAAAAUGCUAUUACUAACGCAGUGGACAUAUAUCGUAAUCCUAGUGGUGCAAUGAGGGUUAUGACAGCGAACAAUGAUGCUCAAGUGAGGGUCAUGGAUGCUGUAAAUUUCACUUGCCUAAAUCAUUUCACGUUCCCGUGGUCUGUGAAUAAUACUUCUGUCAGUCCUGAUGGCAAAUUGCUUGCGAUCCUUGGGGAUAGUCCAGAGUGCUUAAUUGCCGAUGCACAAUCUGGAAAGGUCAUAGGCAACCUAAAGGGCCACUUGGACUAUUCAUUUGCGUCUGCUUGGCACCCAGAUGGCCAGAUCCUUGCUACUGGGAACCAGGACACAACAUGCAGGUUAUGGGAUGUAAGAAACUUAUCUGAAUCCAUUGCUGUACUCAAGGGAAGAAUGGGUGCCAUCAGGGCUGUUAAGUUCACAUCAGACGGCCGGUAUAUGGCGAUGGCUGAACCAGCUGACUUUGUUCACAUCUUUGAUACAAAAUCCGACUAUUCCAAGGGGCAAGAGAUUGAUCUGUUUGGGGAGAUAGCUGGAAUCUCCUUUAGCCCUGAUACAGAAGCACUGUUUGUAGGAGUUGCUGACAGGACAUAUGGCAGCUUGUUGGAAUUCAACCGAAGACGUUAUGACCACUAUCUGGAGUGCAUAGUUUAGACUGCAGCCUUGGACUUUAGAUGCAUCUCCAUCGGAAUAAGCUUUUACUUGUGCAUAUUGUUUGGUUUUGAGCUUUAAUGUUGAAGAAUGGAGGACUGCUGGAUGCCUUUUAUAGCACAUCCCUUGAAAUUAUUUCAUUUGCAGGCCUUUAGGUUACAGCUACAUUAUGUAGCUGUUUCAGUUGAGUUGUUUUUCUUUCUUUCUUUUUAUUUUUUUGGUUUACGCAGAAGUAAGAAAAUUUUGUAGAUGUAAUUGUAUAUUUGGUUGUAUGUAAAUUAGAUAAUUAAUUUUGGUCA